AUAAAAUAAAAUGUUUGCUUAGCAUUGUUAUAUAUAUAUAUAUAUAGCUACGACUACGUCCAUUAACCCAAAUUACAAUCACAAUCUCUUUUUGGUAACGGAAUCUGUCUUUUUCUCGCAACGCUCAUGGAGACAAUGCCAACACCCUCUCUUCCUCUUCUUCUUAUGUUGUCUCUCUUCUUGUUAGGGACUACAGAUUCGGCAACAAUUUUCACGCUUGAAAAUCACUGCAGCUACACAGUUUGGCCAGGAACAUUAUCCGGUGACGGAGCCGCCGUCCUCGGCGACGGUGGCUUCACAUUGUCGCCAGGCUCAUCGGUCCAGUUCCCGGCACCACCGGGCUGGUCGGGCCGCUUCUGGGGCCGAACUGGGUGCAAAUUUGACGACUCCGGCAAAGGCAAUUGCACCACCGGCGACUGCAAUGCACUCCGGUGCACCGGCGGUAGCGCUCCACCGGUCACCCUGGUUGAAUUCACCCUUGCCGGCGGCAGCAUCAACAGUGACAAGGACUUCUACGACGUCAGCCUCGUGGACGGCUACAAUGUGGGUAUGAGCGUAAGGCCGUCCGGCGGCACCGGCGACUGCCAGUACGCCGGUUGCGUCACGGACCUCAACGGGAACUGCCCGCCCGAGUUGAGGGUCAUGGAUUCGGGCUCGGUUGUGGCUUGCAAAAGCGCGUGUGCUGCAUUUAACGCGCCGGAAUUCUGUUGCACCGGCGAUCACUCGACGCCGGCGACAUGUUCGCCGAAUCAGUACUCAGAGAUGUUCAAGAAUGCGUGCCCGACGGCGUAUAGUUAUGCUUAUGAUGACGCUUCAAGUACUUGUACUUGUUCCGGGUCGGAUUACUUGAUCACCUUCUGUCCAACCGGGUCAUGAUCAUGAUGUUUAUUAUGCAUUGGUCUGAGUAUUGUUUUUUUUUUUUUUUUUUUUCCCCUGUAUUAUAGGGUUAAUUUUUAUAGAUAUGUGGGAUUGUUUAUCAUACUAUACUAUUGGCAAUAGUUAGUAAUUAAUAGCAUUUAGGUUGGUUUGGUGCGAAAUCUACAGGCAAAAAUGAAUUUUUAUAAUGAAAAAACGUCUUUUCAUGUAACCGAACAUAAUA